AUGAUGAAUACGCGCGGAUUGCCACUGAAUGCGUUAGAGGAGUCUCUCUCUGACAUAAACACAAGGACAUUUAAACUUUUCAAAGGCCAGGGCUCGAACCAAGCUCUUUUUAGAAGCAUUUCCACAAUUGUGUGUUUUUGCGCACUGAUAAUUGCAAACAUUGCAAUUCUUUCUUAUUGGGGAAUGAUCUCCUUUAAUAACAUGGAGGAUGUGAAGGAUCUUUUAGAAAGCAUAAACCUGCACCGCAUAGGGAGCGCUCUCUACGAGAAGAGGCUUCUAGUGAGUUUUCUUAUUAUACAAUCUGCAGUGUAUUUGGGUACAGUGCUCAGCGUGUUUGGUAUGCAGUGGAUGUACCCAAAGAGGGUGUUUUUUGCAAAGAAAGCUGCCAAUAUGAUUGGGAUGCUAACUGUAGUUGGGUGCAUGUCUGUGUUGGCAAUGGUGCUUUUGAGCACUGUGCUAGAGAAGAUUCCAUUAGAGCAGCGAGGUCUUUUCAGUCUGGUGUUUGGUCUUAUCAGCGCACCGGUUGGAUACUGGCUUAGCAAACAGGUAACAAACCACCACAUUCCACUUGAUGCAAGCAACCUGGACAUGGAUGGGCCAUACGUGCAGAGACAAAGAGAAAAUGGAGUGAUUUUUGAGGACAUCUACACAUCUGAAAGGAGAAAGUAUGUAUCCACUGGAAGAAAGGCUGAAAAGGACAGUCUUGCCAAGUUUGACCAAGCAAUAAAAGAGAAGAAGACAGGGGAAAGUGCGAUAAAGAAGUACAUGCCAAUCAUCCUUUCAAUGUGGGCGGUAUUCAUAACCAUGCCUCUAAGCGCGCUCGCCUUCUUUAUUAAUGACCGGACCGUAUUCUUGGCUGCAGAUAUAAUUGCUCUGCUAGGAAAUGUAUGCAGAAAUUCUAGUCCUCUAACAUACGCUGUUAUUCUGGCAAGUAUCAUAUCUGGUGUGAACGCAUACGGCAUAUUCAUUCAGAUUGUCUCGUUCUUCCUAGGAUCCAUGGUUGGAGAGUCUCGGUGCGGGCAUGGAUUCAUUGAUUCGCUCGGCAACAGUGUUAGAAAGACAAUGCUGGAGUCUAUUCAGAUCACAUCAGACGCAUUCUAUUCAAUUGUGGAUAGUGCAAUUGCCUUUUUGUGCACCAUGUUUGUCGAUAUCCCUGGAAUUAUUGUUGCCUACGUGUACCAAAGGAAGUACACCUUUAGCGCAGCACCGAUCAUUCGGGUGUUCACCUCACUGCUAUUUAUGGUAUUUGGGAGUCUGGCAGGAAUCACAAAAACAUUCAUGUGCUUUAAGAUGGGAAUGUACCCUCUUGGAUAUAUACAGGUGGGCGACAGAAAUGACUUCUUUACAAGCGAAGCGUCCACGUACAGCUCGCUGUACAUAGGACUGAGUAUUUUUAUGAUUAUGACCAUGCUAAUCAUAGGAUUCCUUGUGUUCAUGUCCUUCUUUGAUCGAUACAUUUCAACUGGCGCGCGUUUGCAGAAAUACACCAUCAAGGGAAGGUCCCUGAGGUUCUGGGCUAUUUCUAUGCAGAUAUUGUGCACUGCCGUCUUUGUAAUAAUCCCGUCGAUUGUACACUCUUUCACAGCACGUUCUCAGCUGAUUAUAGAUCUUGCUCUGCAAGACAUUACCUGGCAUGCACCAAAGCCUAUAUCCGAAUAA